AUGUUCUGGCAGUUGGCUUUGCCUACCAUACGACUGCCUGAUUGCGAUGGAACGUUGCUAGACAGCAUGGGUAUUCACUACGAAGCUUGGAAGAACACCGCAUCACGCUUUGGCAUUAAAAUCACCGCUGCUGCUAUGGUGGAGCUGGCCGGCAAGCCGGUGAACGAGUUGCUGGACAUCCUGGCGGAAAGAAGCGGCGUGACUGUGACACCCGAGCUGCGCCAUGAGUUCUUCACUACCAAGUCCAAGUACUACCUGGAACAUGCGAAGGAGGUCAAGGUGAUCGAUUCAGUUAUCGACAUUGUGCGCGCCGGCGCCGCUCGCAGCUUGCCCAUGGCCGUAGCUUCUGGUGGCACCCGCAAGCACGUGAUGGAGGGGCUCACAUCUACGGGGCUGCUGCCGUAUUUCAAUACGGUGGUUUGUGGCGAGGAUGUGCCCAAUGGCAAGCCAGCACCGGACGCGUUCCUGCUGGCUGCUCAGCAGCUGGGAGUGGACCCCGUUGGCUGUGUUGGCUACGAGGACGCGGCGCUCGGCAUGCAGGCGAUUCGUAACGCCGGGUACAUGCUGGCAGUUGACGUGACGCAGCUACCCGGCUACCCCCACCUGACGGACGACUGA